CCAUCUCAUCACUAGCUGGUUAUUUAUUUAUUCGUAGCUUAAUUUUACACGAAUGUAGGUAUUUAGUUUUCGUAGGUAUCGUAAAUUAAUAAAAAUGAACGAUGAAACUAAUAGUAAUGUUAAAGAAAUUCGAGAAUUGUAUUCUAUGUUUCAUCAAGAAUAUAUAAUAAUGGCAGAAUACCGUAUGCUGCAAACAGAAAACUUGCAAGGAAUAUAUGUGAUUCCAUCGUAUGAAAACUCUUUUGUAUGGUUUGGAGUCAUAUUUGUACGGGCAGGUUAUUAUGAGGGUGGAGUAUUUAGAUUUACAUUAACAUUACCUGAAAAUUUUCCAGAUGUAAAUGUUCCAGUGGUAAAUUUUUCAUCAAACUUGUAUCAUCCUGCCGUAGACUCAAAUACUGGGAAUCUAAACCUGCACGAAGUGUUCCCACAAUGGGAUAUAAAACGGAAUCAUAUUUGGCAAAUUUUGAAAUAUUUACAUUUUAUUUUUCAUAACUUGAACAUGAAAGCACCUGCCAAUGCUGAUGCUUCAACUAUAUACAAGACCAAUAAGAAGUUAUUUCUGGAGAAAGUAAGAGAAUGUGUUGUAUCCAGUAUUGACCAUGUAUAUGAUGACCCACCCAUAGAUGAUAGACAUUACAUAACAUUUAAACCAUAUGAUCCAGAGGUUCAUGAAAAUGCAAAAAACAUAAUGCUGAGACCACCUGGUCCAAAUGAAGGCCUUGCACAAGGCAUUUCAUGGGUACAGUCUGGUUCUUACCAACCAUUCUCGAAGGAUGCAACAUAACUGAAGUUCAGGUAUCAUCCAACAAGUGACAUGACAAAAUAGAUAUCACAAGUAGGUAGCAAUAAAAAUUUUUUCAAGUGUAAAAAUAUUAGUAUCUUUAUAAGAUUGAUUUUGUGGCUUUCCUCCAGAAAUAAACUUUUUAAACAAAAUAUCAGCUUAACAUGUUUAUGAACACUCAACAAAAUACAAAAGAAUUUUAAUUGUUAUAACUGCUAUAAGAGUUGUGCCUCUGUAACAUAAAAAGCAGAUAGUCUGUGUUAUUGUUUGUUAUAUAAUAUACGGCGUGGAGUGUAGACUCAAUGUUGAACCUUAAAAUAAUAUGAUGGCACAAGUAAUUAUUAAUAACAUUGUCUAGUACCUAUUGCACCCAAUGUUUCUGUACUGCCAUUGCAGGCAAAUUAUAACUCGUACGAAUCAACUGUGCACUCUGCUGGAAUGUGACCCCUCUCCCGCGAGGUGCACAGUUAAUUUGUACGGGUUUAUAUUAAAUAUGGUAGCAGAACGUAGUUUAGAACUACGGAAGAAAAUAAUCAACAAAGGAAGAAUAAGACAGAAUUUUAAUUUAGACAAUAUUCAUAGGAAAGAUUUUUAAGGAGAGUGACGGUUGUGUUUUUAUACACAUGUCAUAGCAACGAGAUUAUCUCUGAUUUAUAUUUUUAGAGCAUUAAGCCUUCUUUAACACAUUCCCUAAAUCAGUAGACAAUACCAAGAUCGUGA